CAAAAAUAAAAAAGCAUAUUGAUUGAUUUUAUAGUAUUUAUAACAACUGUGCAUAUUUUUGCAGAAGAAGCAGCAGAAACAGAGUGGUUUGCUUCUGUGACUCGCGUGAGCUGUUUCCCCCUUCACACUCUAAUCUUUAUAUCUCUCUCUCUCUCUCUCUCUUUCUUCUUCUUCUACCUCUUGACUCUCUCUAGAGCGAUGCGGUUGCUUCAUCAGAAGCCAUGAAAACACAAUCACUUUCAUUGAUCUUCUUCUUCUUCUUCUUCUUCUCUUCUCUGUUUCUUGUUUCCUCUGCUUUAAACUCUGAUGGAGUUCUUUUAAUGAGUUUUAAAUACUCUGUUCUUCGUGAUCCUCUUUCUUUAUUACAAUCAUGGAGCUACGACCACGACAAUCCUUGUUCAUGGCGAGGUGUGUUGUGUAAUAACGACUCAAGAGUUGUGACUCUGUCUCUCCCAAACUCUAACAUCGUCGGUUCGAUUCCUUCCGAUCUGGGUUUCAUCCAAAACCUUCAAAGUCUCGAUCUUUCCAACAAUUCACUCAAUGGGUCAUUACCGGUAGAGUUUUUCGCCGCCGAUAAGCUCGUGUUUCUUGAUUUGUCAAACAACUUAAUCUCCGGCGAGAUCCCUGUUUCGAUCGGAGAUUUACACAACCUCCAGACGUUAAAUCUCUCCGAUAACAUCUUUACCGGGAAACUACCGGCUAAUUUGGCGUCUCUUGGGAGCUUAACGGAGGUUUCUUUAAAGAACAACUACUUUUCCGGCGAGUUUCCCGGCGGCGGAUGGAGAUCGGUUCAGUUUCUCGACAUUUCCUCGAAUCUAAUCAAUGGUUCACUUCCACCUGAUUUCUCCGGCGACAAUCUCCGGUACCUGAACGUCUCGUAUAACCAGAUCUCCGGCGAGAUUCCUCCAAAAGUCGGCGCCGGUUUACCUCGAAACGCCACCGUCGAUUUCUCCUUCAACAAUUUAACCGGUUCAAUCCCAGAUUCUCUGGUUUACCUUAACCAGAAACCAAUUUCGUUUUCCGGAAACCCGGGUUUAUGCGGAGCUCCGACCCGAAACCCGUGUCCCAUUCCUUCCUCUCCAGCAACCGUCGCUUCACCAACGUCUACGCCAGCGCUCGCAGCUAUACCGAAAUCAUUCGGUUCAAAUCAAGAAACCAAACCGGACCAAAACUCAAACCCUCGAACCGGUUUAAGACCAGGAGUUAUAAUCGGAAUCAUAGUCGGAGAUAUCGCCGGAAUCGGAAUCCUCGCUCUCAUCUUCUUCUACGUUUACAAAUACAAAAAGAAAAAAAUCGUUGAGAAGAACAACAAUCAAAAUCUUGAAGCUCAUGAAGCUAAAGACACAACUUCGUUAUCACCAUCAUCAUCAACAACUACAUCUUCUUCAUCACCGGAACAAUCAAGUAGAUUCGGGAAAUGGUCAUGUCUCCGUAAGAAUCAAGAAACAGAUGAAACCGAAGAAGAAGACGACGAGAAUCAACGGUCAGGAGAGGUUGGAGAGAACAAGAAAGGGACUUUAGUAACCAUUGAUGGAGGAGAGAAAGAGCUUGACGUUGAAACAUUGCUCAAAGCUUCCGCUUACGUUUUAGGAGCAACCGGUUCGAGUAUAAUGUACAAGACGGUUCUUGAAGACGGUACGGUUCUCGCGGUUCGUCGGUUAGGUGAGAACGGUUUAAGUCAACAGCGCCGGUUUAAAGACUUUGAAGCUCAUAUCCGAGCUAUUGGUAAACUGGUUCACCCGAACCUGGUGCGUCUCCGUGGGUUCUAUUGGGGCACCGACGAGAAACUGGUCAUUUACGAUUUUGUCCCUAACGGCAGCCUCGUCAACGCCCGUUACAGGAAAGGAGGGUCGUCGCCGUGCCAUUUACCAUGGGAGACUCGGUUCAAGAUAGCUAAAGGUUUGGCUCGUGGGCUUGCUUACCUCCACGAGAAGAAACAUGUGCACGGUAACUUGAAGCCUAGUAAUAUACUUUUGGGCCACGAUUUAGAGCCUAAGAUUGGCGAUUUCGGACUUGAACGGCUUCUCGCGGGAGAUACUAGUUAUAACCGAGCUAGUGGAUCAUCUCGGAUUUUCAGUAGCAAGCGAUUGACAGCAUCCUCGCGUGAAUUCGCGUCUAUAGGGCCUACACCGAGCCCAAGUCCAAGCUCGGUUGGGCCUAUAUCGCCUUAUUGCGCGCCUGAAUCACUCCGCAAUCUCAAACCGAAUCCGAAAUGGGAUGUGUUCGGGUUCGGAGUGAUCCUUCUCGAGUUGUUGACAGGAAAAAUCGUGUCAGUUGACGAGGUCGGGCUUGGGAAUGGACUAACGGUAGAAGAUGGAAAUCGCGCGUUGAUAAUGACUGAUGUGGCGAUCCGCUCCGAAUUGGAAGGCAAAGAGGACUUUUUACUUGGCCUUUUCAAGUUGGGAUAUAGUUGUGCAUCUCAAGUACCACAAAAGAGACCGACCAUGAAAGAGGCAUUGGUAGUGUUUGAGAAAUUCCCUAUUAGCUCUUCGGCCAAGUCUCCAUCGUACCAUUACGGACACUAUUAAUAUUCAAUAUCUUAUACUAACUUUGUAAGCCUCUCUCUCUUUGAGGCUGAAGUAUAUACACAUGAUGCAAUAGUUGUGGCCAUUUUGUUUACUUGUAGGUUCGGUUCGUUGAUUUUGUUGGUAUUAGUAAAAUUUUAGUUGACUUCAUAAUCAAUGUAGUCUAGUUCGGUUUUGUAUUUGAUUUGGUUUUGUAUUCAGUUUGGGUUUUUGUUUGGUUUCACAAUA